AUGAAUUCCACAAAUAACGAAACAUCAUUACCAAUAAUUAAUUGUUCAUUACAAGGUCGUGUAUAUGAAUCUACUUAUUUAUUUUUUAAAUCAUUAAAUUCAACAUAUUUACGUUUACUUAUUGGACCAGGUAUAUUACUUAAUUUACUUUGUCUAUUUAUACUUUCUCGACCAAGGUUAUCAAAUAAAUCGACUACUAUUAUAUUUUUACGUUUUCUUGCACUUUUUGAUAUAUUAUCAAUUACACUUAAAUAUAUUCGAGCAGAAAUGAAUUAUCAAUCACUUGAAAAAGGUCAUGAAAUAUUUUUAUUAACUCCAUCAGUUUGUAAAGCAUUAUAUGUAUCAAUGAAUGCAUGCAUUUCAAUUGCUAUGUGGACUAUUGUUUUAAUGAGCUUAGAUAAAGCUGUUGCUGUUAGUUAUCCACUUAAAUCAAGUCUUAUUACAGCUGCUAAUAUUGUUAUUGCAGUUGUAUUACAUCGUACUUCUUAUGAUUGGAGAAUAUCUAAUGAAUCUACUAAACGAGAAUCUGAUUCAAGUUUGUGUAAAAGUAAUAAAUCAAAAUUAUCACUUCGUCAACGUUGUUCCGGUAGUUCAACAACUACAGCAGCCGAAUUAGUAUUAGCUACAAAACGACGUACAAAUGCACAAGUUACACGUAUGCUUUUAGCUGUUACAUUAUCAUUAAUUCUAUUUAAUAUUCCUAAUACAAUAUUUUUUGUUGCUGUUAAAAUUUAUGAUACAAGACAAUUAUUACUUGGACGUUCAUGUGUAGAUAUUAGUGAUGGUGAUAUAGUAUUAUAUAAACUUGGAUUUUAUUCAAGCGUUAUACAAGAUAUAUUGUCGGAUCUACCUCAUGUAGUUAAUUUUUUCUUAUAUUGUUUAGCUGGAAAAAAAUUUCGAAGCAUAUUUAUAAAUGAAUUUCAUCAAUUACUUGUUGAUUUGCAUUUAAUGAAACCAAAAGAAAGACGUCUUACACAUGGAACAUCUAUUAUAAAUCCUGAAUUAAUAUCAAGCAUAGCUUAUUGUAAUAAUGUAGAACGUGUAUCACCAAAACCUGCUCCAUCAAAAGUACGACAAAGUGUUGAAGUUUUAUUUAAUGGUAAAAAAGCUCUAACAAUACUUAAUCGUCAAAAUGAAAAUUUAUCAAAAAAAAAGAUUAAUAGAUCUAAAGGCAAUCAAAAAUGUUUUCGUUCUAAUACGAGUAAACAAUAA